CCUCCUCCGCCAACCCGUGCCACCGCUAAUGAGAGCCGUCAUUAAGUAAAUGAGACGUCGCCUUUAGCUGGCUUAGGAGUUCGCACACUAAGGGAGAAGAUAUUUAAUUGAAAUCCGCACACAGGCUUCCCCACAUGUGACCACUGCGAGGCAGGCAGCUGUCUCCCUCUCCUCCCCCAAGUCCACCCUGCACCCCCCCAUGUAAAUUUCAUGAUUGCUUUCCGUGAUGUCAUUUUGAAAGAGGACAGACAAUAGCUGUGGGGAAAGAAAAUGAGUUCCGGGGUGAGCUGCUAAACCAGAGGUGGACACACGGAAGCAAGGCCAGCAGCUGCAGGAUCUCAAGACACCUCCUGGGCAGACACAGCAAGAUGAGCUUAGAAAAUGAUGAUAAGCGAGGUCGUACCCGAUCCAAGGCUCUCCGAGGACCUCCUGAGAGCACAGCUGCAGAGCUCAGCUGCCCCACCCCAGGAUGCACAGGCUCAGGACACGUCCGGGGAAAGUAUUCCAGGCAUCGGAGUUUGCAGAGCUGCCCUCUGGCCAAGAAGAGGAAGCUGGAGGGUGCUGAGGCUGAGCACCUGGUGUCCAAGAGGAAGUCACACCCCCUGAAGCUGGCUCUGGACGAGGGCUAUGGUGUGGACAGCGACGGCAGUGAGGACACUGAGGUGAAGGACGCCUCUGUUUCAGAUGAAUCGGAAGGAACUCUGGAGGGGGCUGAGGCUGAGAUGCCUGGACAGGAGGAGAUUCAUCAUCCUGAGCCAGCUGAAGGAAGGAGCCCCAUCAAGUCCCAUUUUGGAUCCAACCUUAUCAGCAGCCCCACUGCCUCUUCCAAGGGCAGCUAUAGCAGCUAUAAAGGAAUCAUUGCAACUUCUCUCCUAAACUUGGGCCGAAUUGCUGAAGAGACCCUGGUGGGGGAGGACUUUGGCCAAGUGGCCAAGCCAGGCCCCAGCAUUGUGCACCUGCUUCAGGAGGAGGCUGUGGAGGGAGCCACCAGUGAUGAGGGUGAAAGGGACCUCUUCAUCCAGCCAGAGGAUGCAGAAGAGGUUGUUGAAGUCACCAGUGAGCAUUCCCAGGAGCUGUGUCCCCAGUCCCUGGAGGAUAUGGCUAGUGAGGAGUCCAGCAAGCAAAAAGGUCUCCUGGGUCAUGAGGAGGAGGAGGAAGAAGAAGAGGAGGAGGAAGAAGAGGAGGAGGAGGAAGGAGAAGACGAGGAGGAAGAGGGAGAAGCUCCUAAUGUGAUCUUCAAGGAGGAUGCCUCCCAUCCAUCUGCCCAGAAGGGCCCUGAGCUAAGGUGCCCGGAGCCUCUCAGUCCCAAGCCUGAGUACUCUGUCAUUGUGGAGGUCCGCUCUGAUGAUGACAAGGAUGAGGAUGCACACUCCCAGAAGUCAGAGGUCACAGAUGAGCUGGAGAUACAUGAUAUGAUGACGCGGGGGAACCUGGGCCUCCUGGAGCAGGCCAUUGCCCUGAAGGCCGAGCAGGUGCGCGCCGUCUGUGAGCCUGGCUGCUUAUCUACUGAGCAGGGCCAACUGGGCGUGGGUGAGCCAGGGAAGGCCACGAAGCCCCUGGACACAAUGAGGAAGAGCUACUACAGCAAAGAUCCUUCAAGAGCUGAGAAGCGUGAGAUCAAGUGUCCAACACCAGGCUGUGAUGGCACUGGCCAUGUUACUGGGCUGUACCCUCACCACCGCAGCCUGUCUGGCUGUCCCCACAAGGAUAGGAUCCCUCCGGAGAUCUUGGCCAUGCAUGAGAAUGUGCUGAAGUGCCCUACUCCUGGCUGCACGGGCCAGGGUCACGUGAACAGCAACCGCAACACACACAGAAGUUUAUCUGGCUGUCCCAUUGCUGCUGCUGAAAAAUUAGCCAAAUCUCAUGAGAAGCAGCAGCCACAGACGGGAGACCCUUCCAAGAAUAGCUCCAACUCAGAUCGGAUCCUCAGGCCUAUGUGCUUCGUGAAGCAGCUUGAAGUCCCUCCAUAUGGGAGCUACCGGCCCAGUGUGGCUCCUACCACGCCCAGGGCCAACUUGGCCAAGGAGUUGGAGAAGUUCUCCAAGGUCACCUUUGACUACGCAAGUUUCGAUGCUCAGGUUUUUGGCAAACGCAUGCUUGCCCCAAAGAUUCAGACCAGCGAAACCUCACCUAAAGCCUUUCAGUCCAAACCUUUCCCAAAGGCCUCUCCCCCCAGGCACAGCCCCUCCAGUAGCCAUGUAAGGAGCGCUUUGUCCUCCUCCGCGGGCUUUGACUACUCACAGGAUGCCGAGGCUGCACACAUGGCUGCCACUGCCAUCCUGAACCUCUCCACACGCUGCUGGGAGAUGCCUGAGAACCUCAGCACAAAGCCACAGGACCCUCCUGGCAAGUGCGUGGACAUUGAAGUGGAUGAGAAUGGAACCCUGGACCUGAGCAUGCACAAGCACCGCAGGCGGGAGGGCGCUGGCUCUGGCCCUGGCAGUGGGAGUGGCAGUGGCAGCCCUGGAGUGAAGUCUCCUGAUGCUUCCCAGCGCCAGAGCAGCACCAGCGCCCCUAGCAGCUCCAUGACUUCACCCCAGUCCUGCCAGGCCUCCCGGCAGGAUGAGUGGGACCGACCCCUGGAUUACACCAAGCCCAGCCGCCUGCGAGAGGAGGAACUGGAGGAGUCAGAGCCAGCAGCCCAUUCUUUUGCUUCUUCUGAAGCAGAUGACCAGGAGGUGUCGGAAGAGAAUUUUGAGGAGCGGAAGUACCCGGGGGAAGUCACCCUGUCCAACUUUAAGUUGAAGUUUCUCUCCAAGGACAUAAAGAAAGAGCUGCUCACCUGUCCCACCCCAGGCUGUGACGGUAGUGGCCACAUCACCGGGAACUAUGCCUCCCACCGCAGCCUCUCUGGUUGCCCUCUUGCUGACAAGAGCCUCAGAAACCUCAUGGCUGCUCACUCUGCUGACCUCAAGUGCCCCACACCUGGCUGUGACGGCUCUGGCCACAUAACAGGGAACUAUGCUUCUCAUCGGAGCUUGUCAGGCUGCCCUCGUGCCAAGAAAAGUGGAGUAAAGGUGGCCCCCACCAAGGAUGACAAGGAGGACCCUGAGCUGAUGAAGUGCCCAGUUCCAGGCUGUGUGGGGCUUGGUCACAUCAGCGGCAAAUAUGCCUCUCACAGAAGUGCAUCGGGCUGCCCACUGGCUGCCCGGAGGCAGAAAGAAGGUUCCCUCAAUGGCUCGUCAUUCUCUUGGAAGUCACUAAAGAACGAGGGUCCAACCUGCCCCACCCCAGGCUGUGAUGGCUCUGGCCAUGCUAAUGGGAGCUUCCUUACCCACAGAAGUUUGUCCGGCUGUCCUAGAGCAACAUUUGCUGGAAAGAAGGGAAAACUCUCAGGGGAAGAGGUUCUCAGCUCAAAGUUCAAGACCAGUGACGGCCCAGAGCCACCACUGGGGUUUCUCUCCGGGACAGUGCUGGAGAAUGACGAGGAGAUUAAGCAGCUGAACCAGGAGAUCCGAGACCUGAAUGAAUCCAACUCAGAAAUGGAGGCUGCCAUGGUGCAGCUGCAGUCCCAGAUCUCCUCCAUGGAGAAGAACCUGAGGAGCAUCGAAGAGGAGAACAAGCUCAUUGAGGAGCAGAAUGAAGCCCUUUUUCUGGAGCUGUCCGGCCUAAGCCAGGCCCUCAUCCAAAGUCUCGCCAAUAUCCGCCUUCCGCACAUGGAGCCAAUAUGUGAACAGAAUUUUGAUGCCUACGUGAGCACCCUCACUGACAUGUACUCCAACCAGGAGUGCUACCAGAACCCUGAGAACAAGGCCCUCCUGGAGAGCAUCAAGCAGGCUGUGAGGGGCAUCCAGGUCUAGGCCAUGCCUCCUUGAGGAGCACCCCCGCCAACUUGUCACCACCUCCUACGCCCUGCCCGUGUGGUGGGGAUCCCCAAUUCACAGUGACUUAUCAUUUGCAGCACAGCGCAACCUAGGGUGGUUCACCCAAAAGGGUGCCUGGAAAUCAGUGUCUCCCACGAAGCCCCCACCAGGCUUGGAGCCAUGACCUCCUCCACAAAAGGGUAUGGGGUCACUGAAGUAUUACAAAGUGAUUUAUUUUUGUUUUCUGGAAGAAAUCUGAAGAGCAGCUCAAAGUCUCCAGUGGAAGCUCAUGGACAAGGUUCUCAGGGAAGUUUUGGAGUUUGCAACCACAGUAUUCCUUUGUCUGUCAAGGCUGGAAGGGCAGCUGUAGCCUAGGGCGGGUGUGGCGUAGGGCGGCUGGUGUGAGUGUGGAGUCUCAGCCUGGAGAAUGCGCCUGGGGCAGUGUAUCAGUGCUUAGUGAGGAGGUCUGUGGCAUGUGUGUUUUCUGUUUUUGUUCAAUUUAGUUUUGUGUUAGGGGUGGAACAAGGGUCUGUUCCAGAGGGAAAGUGAUGCGUAGGCCUUCCAGAUGACCACUCCAGAUACUCACAAGCAUUGUAGCCCACAGUUAGUUCAAGAAAUUUAAACUUGGAGCCUGAGCCAGAGCAAGACCUUGUCUCUAAAAAUAGCUGUGGUGGGCGCCUGUAGUCCCAGCUACUUGGGAAGCUGAGACAAGAGAAUCACUUGAGCCCAAGUGUUUGAAGUUGCUGUGAGCUGUGACGCUACAGCACUCUACCAAGGGCAAAAAAUGAGACUCUGUCUCAAAAAAAAAAGAAAAAAGAAAUUUAAACUUGGGAUGCACCUGAAGAUCAGCCUCAUGUCUGGGGCCACUGGUACCCUAAGCCUGUGCAGACACGUGUGGCCUUGGGUCACAGCCCCCUCUAGGGGCUGCAACCUUUUAGACCCAGGGUCUAGGCUCCAAGCCCAGGGACCAGCAGGCUGGGCCUCUGGCUUCUGUGUGUUCACCCAGGCCCCUGGCCUGUCAACUGCCACAUAUCCUGGGUCGUGGCUGGCUUAAUCUUUGUGUCUGGUGUGAUGAAGGCAGGGAUGACAUCAUUGAGGUCAGGGGUAAAGUCUUAACUGGAGGAUACCAAGGUUUCACUUCUUUUUAGAUUCAUACAAGAUGUGAAAAAAGGUGAAUUUUAAUUUAAUGUGUUAAAAACACAAUGUUCUACUGUGUAAAUAGAGUCCAAGUCAAUUGUGACUGCAAUUCAAAGUUAGUAUUUAAAAGUAGAGAAAUUGCACUUCCUGGAAAACUUAAAGAGUAGUUAGUUUAUUCUGUAAAUUAUUUAAUUUUGUCAAAUGUAAGUAUUUAUAUUCACAACCUCUUAUGUUAACAUUUGCUAUUUAUUUAACAUUUUUAUUUAUUAAUUUUAUACUAUUUUAAAUGGAUCCCACACCAGGGCACAAUAAGAGGGAAAAAAGUGAAAUCAAAGUAAAAUAACUAUUUGAUUAUAAUAUAGACCACAAAAAUAUUGUUAUAGCUUCUAGUUAUAAUUUUGAUGCAAGUUAUUUUUUAUAUAUUUUGUUAUUUAUUCUUUUAAUAGUGAAAUUUUUAAAAAAGUAUUUUGUAACUGAAGAAUUUUGAUAAUUUGGGAUUUUUCUGUUUAGUCUGAUGGAGAGAAAGACAUUUUGUUUUUCUUUUUCCCUUUUGGGUUCUUUUGUUUCAAGCCCAGGUAAAAGCAAAUGGAAUUCUGUAUUUAUUAUUAUUUAAGCGUAGCGCAGAUGUGUGUGCUCUGGCGUGUUUCUCGUGUCCGUUUGUGUGUUGUCUCUUAUGGCUGAGUCCUGUUGCUGUGAGGGGUUCUGGCCGCAGUUGGCCUCAGGCACUGCCCGGACUCCAGGCUGCACUGCCCAUCCCUCUGACAGCUUUGAUACUGUGACCCUCCUUCCUCAGGAAACAUGUUGAACCCCAGCACUUCAAGGUGUGUCUGCAGGGUGAUUUCCUAAUAAAAGUCCACUCUGAUGGUGA